AUGCCUGAUGCAGACAGGAGAGAUGUGCAGGAGAAGGGGUUUUUGAACCACAUGGCUGACAAGGAGCAACUCCAACCUGGGAGAAGCAACCAUGCUGGAAAACUGCCUCAACCUGAGAAGAAGCUCCACGAGGCUGUUUGUGUGCUGCUGCUGGAGCUGUGUGAGAGGUUCACCUUCUUUGGCAUCGUGUGCAACAUGAUCCUGUUCUGUACUGUCAAGCUUGGCUAUCGCAGCUACCAGGCUGCCAUUGUCAAUAUGUGCUUCGUGGGCACCUCCACGCUGACACCAGUGCUGGUGGGCUGGCUUGCUGAAUACCUUGUGGGGAGGACCAAGCUGGUGUGCAUCUGCAUGUUCCUACACUUCCUAGGCACAGCACUAUUACCUGUUGUGUCAUUCCCCUUUGAAGAUAUUUACAUCGACAAACGACAUGUUCUUCACACUCUACCCAAGAGGGAGCAGAAAAUCGUGUUCUGCUUUGCUCUSCUCACAGCCAGUCUGGGAAUAGGAGGCAUAAGAGCUAUCGUGUGUCCACURAGUGCAUACAGCCUAGAGGACUGUGGACCAAAGGAGCUGCUUUCAUUUUUCAACUGGUUUCAUUGGCUGGUUAACUUAAAUUCAGCAGUGGUCUUUGUCAGCAUUUCUUACAUCCAGCAGUCUGUGGCCAGGAACCUUGGCUUUCUCAUCCCAUUUGUGUCUGGGCUUAUGGCUAUGAUCACAAUUCACAUGGUUCGGGGUGAAAUGAUUUACAAACCCAAAACAGGCAGUUCCCUGCUGACCACUUUUGGGGUGAUUUUUAGUGCCCUGAAAGCAUGCUGUGUGCGCUACCGCUACUUUAGCAUGGGSGUGACAAACUGGCUGGACCAUGCCAAGGAAAACCACGGCGGUCAGUACAGCGAGAUUCAGGUGGAAAGUACAAAGUCACUCGCCAGACUCUUCCCAUUGUUUGCUUUCCAGAUUCUGUACAGAACAUGCAUUAUGCAGAUUCCUUCAGGAUAUUAUCUCCAAACCAUGAAUUCCAACUUGCACUUCAGUGGAUUUGUCUUGCCAGUUGCUGCAAUGAAUGUGAUAAGCAUCGUGCCACUACUGAUUCUUGUUCCUAUUUUGGAAUGCAUCAACUCAUGGCUCUUCAACUCCAAGGACACUGGACACUCUCCAACAACUUACAUUGUUGUAGGUCACUUAUGCGCUGCACUUUCUGUGAUGGUUGCUGGCUUCUCUGAAAUACACCGAAAGCACUUCCCUCAGGUGGAGCAGACAUUCUCUGAGGAGGGUCGCCUGGUCUCCUCCAUGCCUUGUUUCCACUUAGCUCCUCAGUACAUCCUGCUCGGAGUGGCUGAGGCCUUGGUAACUCCCUCCUGUUCCUUGCUUUCAUUCUGGCUUGUGCCUGAAAGAAUGAGAGGGAUUUCCAUGCAUUUUUUAGCUCUCUUUAAUGGAGCUGGCUGCUUUUUGGGAGCUUUCUUUGUUCAGACAGCCCACGCAGGCACUCAAGGCAACUGGUUUCCACACUUGCUGCACGAAGGUAAAUUGGAGAGAUUCUUCUUCUUCCUGGCUUCCUUAAUGAUGGUGAACACCCUGGGGUUCYGGACCAUUGCACACAGAUACAAUAAUCUGCAUCAGGAUUGCACUGAMGAAUUCAGAGGAAGCCUUCCUGGAGAAAAACUUUUGAAGCAUGAAAAAGCCAUCAAACAUUAUAACACUGUCCUGGAAAGUUCUCCUAUUUUGUCUCCUGUGGAGAAAACCUGAUGAAAUUUCACCCUUGUUUGACUAAAUUUUAAUUG